GGCUGCCCUUGCAGUUUGCCGACCACACAGCGGGAUUCGGACUUGACACCGUUAGACGGUAAACGGCGACCCGUUUUCCCAAUACCACCGUCCCUUUUUGGAUCUCCGUUUGCUCACAGACCAAAAUUCCAAACUCUUUCUGACUUUCUCUCUGGCGAGCGCUCGGAAUCUCGCCGGAGAUCCUCACUGGAUCGCCGGUAACUCCAUUGAUUGCGAGGAAAGGUUUCGAAAACUCCAGCGGAGCUGAAGACAAGAAGAGAAGGAGAAGGGGGUUGAAGUAAGCUUGUGCUUGUGAGAAAAUAUGAUGGCAUAAAAAAUCAUUUGAAAAAUAGAAGGGGAGGUAGGGGGUGGUGGUUAACGUGCAAUGCAGGGAAAAAAGGCAUCAAAGCUUUGGAGGAUCUUACACGGCACAGAUUCUUAGAUGAUCCCCUUCUCCAAUCCCCUUGCCUUAUGCCGUAAUUUAUUCGAUUUCUCUGUCUCAUUCCCACCUCGGUUUUUAAAAUCUUUUUCGCCUAUGUCCCUCUCCCUUACAUGUGUAUAUAUAUCUUCUUCCUCGAUUUGUUUCGGCUCCAGUUGCGAUUUGGAAAAUAAUUUCUGCUCUUGAAUUCUCGUCGCAAUUUGAUGCGUUUGGGUGCAAACUUGUUUUCCGAUCCAUUUUAUCGCUGCUCUUUGGAGUUCAACCAUUAGAUUUUGGUUCGAUCUUGGGCAAGUCGUGGAGGAAUAACUACGGUGCAGAUUUUUUUUCCCGUUAUUUUGUCGGAGAGAAUUUUGAAUUUAUAUAGAGACGUGAAUGUGGCUGUCGACACCGGAGGUGGAAAUUUUAUUCUGAAGGCGUUUAUUUAUUUGGAAGGAUUUCACCACUCUUAGGUAUUGCAAUGCCAUCAGAAAUAAUGGACCAACCUGGUUUUUCAUCAUCAUCCUCGUAUUUCUCCGAUGAUUUAUGUUUUCCCAACGAGAGGCAGUUUGGUUUUUGGAAGUCGGAUAACAUGCAUGGUGGCUUUGCCAACAACAAUUCAGUCGCCUCAUCACCUAUGGAGAAUCUUGUUCCAGUGAAGUCCCAGGAACAUCCUGAGUCUUUCUUAAUACGAGACGAGCAAGUAAAAUUUAGAUUAAAUAGGCAUGCAGUGGGAGCAGGGAGAGCAUCUAGUCAUUCAUUGACCUUGAAUGUACAGCCGGCGUCUUAUGCUAUGGAAGGCAACAAGAGUAGUAUGAUGGGUACUCAGUAUGAGAGUAGUCUCUUCUCGAGUUCAUUGUCAGAUUUAUUCAGUAGGAAGUGGAGAUUACCGUCAAACAAUGCUCCAUAUGGCCAUUCUGUUGAUACUGUUGCCUCCCACUAUGAGGAAGAGGAACCUUUUGAAUCCCUUGAAGAAAUUGAGGCCCAAACCAUCGGAAACCUCUUACCUGAUGACGAUGACUUGCUUUCUGGAGUGACAGAUGGGCUUGAGUAUAUUGUCCAACCCAGUGGUGGGGAUGAUGCAGAAGAGUUGGACCUUUUCAGCAGUGUCGGGGGUAUGGAUUUGGGAGAUGAUGGUUCAUAUGAUGGACAAAAGAAUUCUGACUUUACUGGGGUUUCUAAUAGUCAGCCAGAGGCAUCAAAUGGUUCAAUAGCUGGCGAACACCCACAUGGCGAACACCCUUCCAGGACAUUGUUUGUUAGAAAUAUAAAUAGUAAUGUUGAAGACUCUGAGUUGAAGACCCUUUUUGAGCAAUAUGGAGAUAUCCGCACUCUCUAUACAGCUUGCAAGCAUCGCGGUUUUGUUAUGAUCUCCUAUUAUGAUAUUAGAGCAGCCCGAAAUGCGAUGAAAGCACUUCAGAAUAGACCAGUGAGGCGCAGGAAGCUUGACAUACAUUACUCGAUUCCAAAGGAUAACCCUUCUGAGAAAGAUAUUAAUCAGGGUACACUCGUGGUAUUUAACCUUGAUUCCUCUGUUUCAAAUGAUGAACUUCGUCAGAUUUUUGGUGCCUAUGGAGAAAUCAAGGAGAUUCGUGAAACCCCACAUAGAAGUCAUCACAAGUUUAUUGAAUUUUAUGAUGUUAGAGCAGCAGAGGUUGCCCUUCGUGCAUUAAACAAGAGUGAUAUUGCCGGGAAGCAGAUUAAGCUUGAGCCAAGCCGCCCUGGGGGAUCAAGACGUCUGAUGCAACAAUUUCCUUCGGAGUUGGAAUGUGAUGAACGUGGCCCUUACCUGCAACAAAAUAGCCCUCCUAUUGACUCAAACACUGGCUUCUCUGUCUCAGUCCCGCAUGGGGAAAUUGCAUCUAGUGGCAUGGAUCAUGGAACUGUUUUGGGGGUGCACUCUGCAAUACAAGCUCCAUCCAUAGAAACUGCAUUUCAUCAUGGGAUCUCUUCUAGUGUACCGAACAGCUUACCCUCACUGGUGAGACUUGGAUCAGUUGGCAAUCAACCUGGCCUUGCUGAGUCUGCACAUUCACCAGGACAACUGAAAUUUGACAUUCGUGGCACGACGACUUUUCAUCCUCAUUCACUUCCAGAGUAUCAUGAUGGUUUAACUAAUGGCAUCCAUUUGAACUCGCCGGGUACCAUGACUACAAACAUCAAUCCCAGUCCACCAGAAAGAUUUGAUAACAGGCAGUUGCAUAGGCUAAACUCAACUGCACAUCCAAUUGAACUCAAUGAAGCUGUUUUUGGUUCUGCGGGUAAUGGGAGCUGCCCUCUUCCUGGACAUCAUUAUUCGUGGAAUAGAUCCUACCACCCUCAGCCUCCAGGAAUGAUGUGGCCAAACUCACCAUCAUUUGUCAAUGGAAUUUGUGGAUCACAUCCCACACCGCGAUUGCAUGGAUUUCCUAGAGCACCAUCUAAUAUGCCGAACUCAGUUUUGCCCAUAAAUAACCACCAUGUGGGAUCAGCACCCUCAGUUAUGGCUUCACUCUGGGAUAGACAACAUGCUUAUACAGGGGAAUCCUCCGAGGCUUCUGGAUUUCAUCCUAGUUCUCUUGGGCAUUUGAGGAUUUCUAAUAACUCACCGCAUGCAAUGGAAUUUGUUUCUCAUGGCAUCUUUCCUCACAUUGGUGGAAACUGUAUGGACCUGUCUGUUCCCCCCAAAAGUAUAGGACUCCAAUCCCAUAAUCAGAGGUGCAUGGUAUUUCCUGGUAGAGGCCAAAUGAUUCCAAUGGUUAAUUCAUUUGAUCCUCCAACUGAACGUGCUAGAAGUCGUAGGAAUGAAGGUGGCUCUAGUCAGGCUGAGAACAAAAAACAGUAUGAACUUGAUAUUGACCGGAUAAUGCGAGGGGAAGACAACCGAACAACACUUAUGAUAAAGAACAUUCCUAACAAGUAUACAUCAAAGAUGCUUAUGGCUGCAAUAGACGAACGCCAUCCGGGAACCUAUGAUUUCAUUUAUCUUCCAAUUGAUUUUAAGAACAAAUGUAACGUGGGGUAUGCAUUUAUCAACAUGAAAGACCCUACCUUGAUCAUUCCAUUCUAUCAGGCAUUCAAUGGGAAGAAAUGGGAGAAGUUUAAUAGUGAAAAAGUAGCGUCACUUGCAUUUGCUCGCAUACAAGGUAUAGCUGCUCUCAUUGCACAUUUCCAGAACUCAAGCUUGAUGAAUGAGGAUAAGCGGUGCCGACCAAUUCUGUUCAAUACUGACGGCCCCAAUGCUGGUGAUCAGGUUCCCUUCCCAAUGGGGGUUAAUGUUCGUACCAGACCUGGAAAAGCUCGGACCAACACCCAUGAGGAGAACCAAGGAAGCCCACCAAAAAUGGGAGGAAAUGGGGAGGAUUCUGCUGGAGAUCCAUCUUCAGGUUCUUCAAAGGAGUCAGACUAAGCGAGCAAGCAAUUUAUGUGGGCACUAACCUUACAUUACUGAGUAAACUAAAUCUUCCGACCGAAUUACUGGUGACAUGCUCUGUAUGGCUGAGGAGGGGGAAAAAAUUCUCUGAUGCUUUGGAUAAGCUACUUAAAAAAACUUAUAGGACUGCCUGACCAUAGCCGAAGUAUGUUUCGGCUUUUCUUAUAAAUUUUUGUGACCUUUAAGAGGGGGUGAAAGAAAAGAAAAAGAGCGUCGGGUGGAGCUCCAAAUUUUGGAUGGAUUUGAGAAGAUUAAUUAAAUGACGUACAUAUGUAAAGGAGUUUCUGAACAAUGAAGAGAUGUUUCACUGCGUUUCGAGGA